UUUGUUUGUUUGCUCCAUGCUACAACGUUGGUGAACCCCGCAGACAUAGGAUGCCAUCUUUGAAAGAACUAUUGAUGGAGAGAAGAUAACAAGGGACAAAGAGGGGCACGGGAAUGUGCUAUCGAACACGGAAGAGGUGGUGUCCGUGUUUUGACUGAAGCGGUGACAUUUCUUUGUGAUAAAAAAUAUUUUUUAGCGACGGUUUUAAAAUUAUUUCUGGAUAUAACAGGAUAUUUCUACCUUGCUACCCCGGGCCGAUAGUGGAUCGGUCUACGGUUAUAAUCAAGACAAAAUGGCAUCCACAGAGGAACUCGCCACUGAGGAUAUAGACAGUAAACCAGAUCAGGAAUCUACUAGUCAUGAUGGAGAUGCUGAGUUAGAGACUGUCCAGACAAAUCGGAAGAUAUCUUUAAGUGACACAGAAACGCCUGAUGAUCAACCAGAGAAAAGCGAUGCUGAGUUAGAGACUGUCCAGACAAAGCGGAAGAGAUCUUUAAGUGACACAGAAACGCCUGAUGAUCAACCAGAGAAAAGGACAAAGUCUGAAGCUACUGAUGAAGAAGAUGAAAGCGGAGGGGUUGCUGGUACGAAGAUGGACAGCUCCGAUGACGUGAAGUGCAAUGUUAAAGAUAAGGAUGAUGUUGAAAAUGUUAAAGACAUUUUGAAGGAUGAUGUUGAUAAUGCUAGGGAAAUCAAAGAUGAUGAGAAAGAGGAGGACAGUAUACAAAGUGAUUUAGAUAACGAUACAACAGAGGAACCAAGUGGUGAAAAGGAAGACGAAAAAAUUCCAAGUGAUUCUAUUAAGGAUACCUCUUGUGAUGAAAAAGAUGAAAAGGACGAAAGUGUACCAAGUGAUGAUAAUGAUAAAGAAAAGGAAACUUGUGAUUCAGAUGUAGAAAUGAAUGAUAAAGAAAAGGAAACUUGUGAUUCAGACGUAGAAAUGAAUAAAAGUAAGGAAAGUGGUGCUAACGGGAACGAUGAGGGUGAUAAAAAAAGUUCAGAGGAAAAGACAGUGACAACAAAUGGUGAUGAAUCCGGAAAAAGUGUUAAUUUAGCCUCGAAGGAUGAGAAAAAAUUAAACGAAAAUGGCGAAUCUUUGUCUAACAAUGUACCACACCGAUCGCGUAAACGUCCAUCUCUGCCCUCUGAAGUAAAAGUAAACGGUGUCAGUGACAGUAAAAUGGAUGAUGAUGCAUCAACAGGCAAAUCUGAGGACAGUGAAAAGGAAAAUCGUAGGUUAGAUAUGGACAUUCCCAUGGAUCUCAGUACCAAGUCUAACUCCACAACAAAUGGCAAUGACAUCAUCAUGUUGUCAGACUCGGAAUCUGAAGAGGAACCUUUGAUGAUGAAUGGAGAUUUUAUUGAACCGAGUCCGAGCGAAAUCCUUAAAAGACGUAAAGCCAUUAAACAAUUUGAAUCUGAAUUACGUAAUGAGGAAGCCAAACUAGUGCUGUUGAAAAAGCUUAAGCAGAGUCAAGUGUCCCAUCAAUUGCAGGAACAUACAAGUGUUAAUAACAAGCAGCCUGCAGUGAAACAGUCUAACGUGUCUCAGCCCCCACCUUUAGUACGUGGCAGUCAGCAGCAGCAGCAGCAACAGCAGCAACAACAGCAACCCCAGGCACGCCCUGCCCAUGCUCACAGUCAACCCCCACAGCUCAUGAGGGGCAACCAGAUGCCCCAGUCCAGUAGGUCACAUCAGCAGGGGCCUCCUCCUCUGGUGAAUAUGGGCAGUGGACAGCGUAUCGACAAUCGCCGGAUGCCACACAUGGGUUACCAGGGUGGCCUCGUCCAAGGACAGUCACAUCAGUCCCAUGGAAGUCAUGGCAGUAUCAUGUCCAACUACCGACAGAAUCAGAAUUCUCAGGCGGCACAGGCAGCACAAGCAGCUGCUCAGGCAGCUCGCGAAGCUAGGGAAGUAGACAAUCAGACGCCGGCCCAGCGUCAGGCCGCAGCCAAAAUGGCUUUGAGGAAACAACUGGAGAAAACCCUCCUACAGAUUCCUCCACCCAAGCCUCCACCGCCAGAAAUGAACUUUAUUCCUAGUCUAGGGAGCCCAGACUUUAUAUCGUUGCUCGGAUUAGAGGAAGCUGUCAAUUACAUCAUUGAUGCUGCUCUUAUAUCAAAAGGACAGAAAAAUCCUGAUGAGAAGAUGGUAUGUAAUCCAUUUACAUGUAUUCAGUGUAACACAGACUUUACUCCUGUGUGGAAGCGUGAGAAAGCAGGGUCCAAGAAUGUGAUUUGCGAGAACUGUGUAACAACAAAUCAAAAGAAGGCACUUAAACAGGAGCACACAAAUCGCCUCAAGAGUGCAUUUGUGAAGGCUCUUCAACAGGAGCAGGAGAUUGAAAGGAUGCAGUCCCAAACACCCCAAUCCUCGUCUAACAACGCAAAUGCUUCCUCUAAUUCCUCGUCAUCAUCCUCUUCCCUGCAGCAGCAGCAGCAGCAACAACAACAGAGCCAUACAACAGCCAAUUCCUCGAACAGCAGUGGCAGCAGCUCUCUGUCCUCAGGGCCACCCCCGUCCUCCCUUCCCUCGUCGGUGUACAAGGCGACGUCCGAGACGAUCCGCCAGCAUCAGAACUUUAUACAGGCACACCAGGCUGCAGCUGCACAUCAGACUGCUCUGAGGAUGGGCCAGCCACUUGGUAUGGCUCCAUUUGCGGCUGCAGCAGCUGCAGCACGAGGGGCAUUCCCCUAUCAAAUUCCAUAUGGGGCCAAGCCGUCGGACUUGCAACUCCAACGACAAUAUCUCUUGGACAUGAUUCCUAACAAGGGGGCCAUGUCAUGGAGACCAUGAAUUGAUAGUGUGUAGAUUUAUCACCUGCGAUUUCUUGUCUCUUCUAUUAAACUGCUUAUCUUAUAACUCUUUAACUGAAGCAUUAUGUAUGGGUCUUCAUUUACAAAGAAGAUUCUAAAUAAUAAAAUUGAACUUGUCAUGACACUGAAGUUGUAAAAGUGCAUCAGUAUUUUUUCGUAACUGUAAUAAGAUGAUUUGGCCACAUUCCUUUUUUGACCUUUUGGACGGCCAUGGUCUCACUAUAUAAAUAUAUAUAGCUAAUUGCCUAUUCAGUAGAAUUGGAUGGUCUAAGACUUAGUCUGUCUAUCAGAAUUUGUGCAACACCUACGUACUGUAUUUAAUAGAAUGACCUGCUUUCGAAACAUGCAUAAUAUCAUUCCCGUACUGUUUCAAAGAAAAAUAAUUUCUUUUUUCGGAAUGGACUACAUGUUUACUCAUUCUGUAUUUUGUUUGAAAAGCUUGAUCAAGAUUUUUCAGAAAAAAAAGGUUUUUUUGUUGAUAGAUUUUUCUCAGUGCUGUGAAAUGAGAUCCAUUUCCAUAGUUCAAACUCAAAACAACGAAAGAUUUUCUCGUUUUCAUCUAGUGCAUUGUAAAGGCUUAUUGUUUUCAUACAUACAAUGUACAUAAGCAUUUAUUUGUAAGUGAAGUUUGCAACUCUUGCUUUUUAUCAUUAGAUCGGAUAAAAAACAAAUUUAAUUUCCAGUUUUAAUUUCAUAGAAACCUGAGCACUAGUCAUAUAUUUGUACAGCCAGAUUGUGUGGUUUGAGUUUUAAACAGUUUCCAUGCACAAGUAAAUUGUGGAAUAAUGUAACUUGUGUUUAUGUAUCAUGCAUUGAAAUGCUCACUCUUUCACAUUAGAGAUUUAUAUUACUGCCAUCAUUGAAACAACCUGUUACUUAGUGACUUGGAAAUCUUCAUUUGUUUGUUACAAUCAUAAUCAUGUUAUAAUCUCUGUUUUGAAAACACAGUGUCCUGUUUAACAAGUUUAAUUUUCAUUCAUUUACUUUGCUGAAAGUUUUUGUUGGAGUAACCGUAAUUGCUUAAAAUUCUUGUUAGACAAGUCGUAAAUACAUUGGUAUCAUGCAUUCAUGUAUAUGAGUGAAAGCUUCAGGUUAAUUUAUCUUCAAUUUCUUUUUAUAUAUAUUAAUGAAACAUUUUGUAAAACAUUGUAAAAGAAAAAGCAGGAAAACAUGUACCUCAUCUGAUCACUGAUGGUAAUCUAAGGACAGCAGGGAAUUAUGUAGAUUAGACUUUGGUCAUUGCUUGUGAAGUUCUCCCAGUGUGUAUGAAGUUGUAACAUGUUGACCCCUCCUUCACCUCGUAGGAACACCCCCUUCCCAGUCACCGUCAAAGGAGAGCUGGUCUCGACUUCUGAUAUUUCAAUUAAUCAUGGUGUUAAGAUCUUUGCAAUAUUCAUCAUGUUUAAUAAACUAUGUAUUAAGUUAUAUAAAGGAAAUCUGAGGACGUGUUUUGCCAAAAGUAACCUCAGAUCCACAUUAAAAUGAGAUUUUCUGUCGUGUUGUUUGAAGUAUUUUGGAUGGACAAUGAAUAUUGAAUUGUACAUAGAACUUGUUAAGGUAUUUCACGUCACCGUUUGAAGGGUGUAUGCAGUGCGACCUUGUUAUGUAUACAGAGGACCUGGCAUGGUAGUCAUGUAUAUCUAACCGUGUACCAGUAGUAUAAAGCAAUGCCAAACUUUACAAGUUUUAAAAGGGGAGGAAGGUACUGCAGACCAAGAUUUUCAGAUUUGUGUACAUGUGUGUAGGUGUUUUUUUUUAUAAGGAUUGAAUAUCCUGACCGUAUAGUGCUUGUUUAAUUAAAAUUGGCAUACAACUUGCAGGGUAGGUAGGAUUACCAGAAUCACUUAUAAUUUACUCUAAUACCACGACUGUUCGAGACACUGCUACUAGUGCUACAGACACUGGUCUUGUAUGUAUAUGCAUCUUUUUUCUCAACAGUUCAUGUCAAUUACUCUAGGUCCUGGCACAAAUAUCAACAGGAGUUAUUGUACCUGGAUUGGUGUUCAGGUUAAAACGGCUAGUAGUGUUUAAUAGGCCCUUUAGUUUCAUGUCUUCAAAUACAAAGGAAAAAAGUUUCCCUGGAGCAACAGAACCGAGAAUUUAGUGCACCACAAAAAUGGUCUGGAUGAUUGUCCACCUUGAUUCUCUGCUGUUCACGUGUAUAAGAAGAGACUGUUGUCACUUCAUAAAACCAGAACUAGGGGGUUAUUAAUUUCCAUGUUUAACUUAUUUGACUAAAGGGAAAUAACCAACUUCAUUUUGGAAAGCGAUGAAAGUGGCAAAUUAAUAAAAAAAAUGACUCGCUCGCAGGUGUAUGGAUAUUUUGUUUAAACUGUUUCGGUUUAAAUCUUAAUAAUGGUUGUAUGCAAAUCAAAACUAGUAUUUAUUAUUAAACUCCCUGCUGUUUGGGUGCAUUUUGUUUGAUUUGCAGUACUGUGAAAGACAGCUGGUUUUCGUUGUGUGGAGAAAGCACCUGUUACAACAUCAGCAUAUCUUUCUAGCCAUUCAUGACAUAACUUGGUCCUUUUCUGGAGUUUGUUGUUGUGUUCAAGACACAAGUGUCGCAUAUUUGUACUUUACCAAACUGUAUAGAAAUUGUUAUUUAAUGACAAACAUUGUAAAGUAAAUGUUUGAAAAUCAA